UAAUGGGAAAUAAAUAGAAAUUUGGCGGCGACUAGAGUUUCCUUUGGGUUUCCAGAUAUCGUGAGCUUAUUCCUAGCUUUCUCUCGAAGGAAGAAGCUCUCUCAUCUUUUCUCUCACUCAGAUCACGUUCCCCUGGGCUUAUUCGCUGGUAUCUGUUGCUUUACAAGAUGGCAUCUGCCACUCUGAGAAGGCGUCUUCAUCACGGGGAUGUAGAUGGGAGGAAGUAUGAACGUUAUGAUGCUACUGAUUCUGAAACAUUAAGCGAACCUUUGUUAGGAAGUAGUAGUACUGAUAAUAGUAGAGAUGAGUACAAUGAGGAGCGUACUCUGGAGGAUAUUUGGGAAGAAGAACGGAAGAGACAGCAAGUUCACUGGACAUUAAUCUUUUCUCAGCUGAUUGCACAAUGGGCUCAGUGGAUAGCCAAAAUUGUCUUUGGAUCUGGCUCAAUUUUUGGGAGGUUUCUUUCUCUGCCUUCAUUUGGUCAAAUUGGUACUGGUGGUAGGCUCUUGCCACCACCUCUUAGUAUGUUACAGGAAGAAAGGCUGAGAAACAUUAAGCGAAGAAUAGAGAUCCCAUUUGAUGGAUCUCGAAUGGAGCAUCAAGAUGCUCUUAAACAACUUUGGAGGCUAGCUUAUCCACAGAGGGAACUACCACCUCUUAAAUCAGAACUCUGGAAAGAAAUGGGUUGGCAAGGAACAGACCCUUCAACAGAUUUCCGAGGUGGGGGAUAUAUAUCACUGGAGAAUCUAAUCUUCUUUGCAAAGACCUAUCCGGAAUCUUUCCAGAGAUUGUUACAUAAAAGAGAUGGAACAAGAGCAGACUGGGAAUAUCCUUUUGCGGUGGCUGGCAUCAAUAUCUCAUUCAUGUUGGCACAAAUGUUAGAUCUUCAAUCAGGUAAACCAUCAACAGUAGCAGGGAUAAGGUUCUUGGGAUUGCUGGAAGAAGAUGAAAUGGCAUUCGACAAUCUUUACUGUAUAGCUUUCCAAAUGAUGGACGCUCAAUGGCUUGCCAAACGAGCUUCUUACAUGGAAUUUAAUGACGUCCUGAAAUCGACGAGGGCACAAUUGGAACGUGAGCUGGCACUUGAUGAUGUUUCAAGCAUCAGAGACUUGCCUGCUUUCAAUCUUUUGUACAAAUAAUAUUAUUAAUUUCUCAAUUUUAACUGCCAAUUUUUUCCUAUAAUUUCUAUCUGUAUGACUGUAUUUAAAUAAAUAAUUUGAGGAAAAUUCGGUGUAAUAAAUAAUUCAUCAUUAUUUUAUUUUUUUGCUGAA